AUGGCAUCAUAUCUAGUCACUGGCGCCUCGCGCGGCUUGGGUCUAGCACUGGUAACCCGACUAGCAGCUUUGCCAACAACCGAAGUGGGAAAGAUCAUUGCCACCGCGCGCUCAGACAACUCUCCUAAACUCAAAGAGCUUAUCGACACCUCAUCAGGAAGGGUAGAAUUAGUCAAAUUGAAUGUCUCCGAUCAGAAAAGCGUAUCAGAGGUAGCUGGCGAGGUCGAACGCGUGCUCCAGGGUAAGGGCCUUGAUUUCCUGAUCAACAACGCCGGAGUAAUGGAUUACUCCCCAACCGGCGUGGAGGGAAUGGACAAACUCAAUGAACUCUUCCAAACAAACGUCGCCGGAGUCCAUAUGGUGACACGAGCCUUGCUCCCUUUACUACGAAACGGAAACAAGAAAACAGUCAUCAACAUAUCGAGCACAGUGGGCAGCUUUGCGUUGAUUGAGAAUUAUCGCCAGUCGCCCACUCCCGCAUACAAGGUGACCAAAGCGGCAUUGAACAUGUUGACGUUGCAAUAUGCCCAAACCUUCGAAACCGAGGGCUUCACCGUUGUUGCAAUUAGUCCUGGCUGGCUACGUACCGACGCUGGCACCGAACGUGCAGAUCUUCCCGUUGAAGUCGGGGCCGAGAAGACUGUGGAUAUAAUACAAAGCACAGGACCGCACCAGAAUGGUAAAUUCUUGAACAUCCAUGUUGCAGGAUGGGAAAAUGCACCAGGGGCCAACCAAUAUCCAGGCGGAGAGUCAGGCUGGUGA